AUGGUUGAACCUGCCCUCGCUCCCGCUUCCAAUGCCCGUUCCAACGCUUCCACCUUCCCUCCUCUCCCCAGCGUCAGCAGCGAUGAAGACGACGAACCCCCUAGUAGUAGGCCUUAUCAAAGUGGGCACCCUCAAGUGACGAACGACAGUGCGGGGGAGAACGGCAUUUCUGCAGCUGCUGUCACAGAUUUAGAAGCAGAAGACGCCCGUUUCCCGCCUGUCAAGAAACGCGAUACGCUGUACAUCAGUAACAGCAACGAAACCCGUGUGGCGCGGGGUAGCGACGACGGCGGUGCGCUUGUUCGAGCGGACACCUUCACCACACUGGACGCGGAGAAGCAAGAAGGACGGAGUGUGUCGGAGGAGGGGCCUAGAGGUCGUUGGGCGUCUAUCAAGAAUCGGUUCAGGCUCUCGAAGACUUCCAGGGUUCGGGCGUUGUUCACCCCAGCCCACGAUAUUGGACCACGCCCUACGUAUCUACAGUCGCUCAAGGCGACGGCGCGUUACACUCCUCUCAAUAUCCUCCUUCUCGCCAUCCCAGUCUCUUGGGCCUUGCAUUGGACGCACCAGAGCCCUACCAUGGUCUUCGUCUUCUCCUGCCUGGCGAUCAUUCCACUUGCUGCCCUCUUGGGAUUGGGAACGGAGCAAAUCGCCCUUCAUACUUCGCAGAGCGUCGGUGGUCUAUUGAAUGCGACGCUCGGAAACGUGGUAGAGAUGAUCAUCGCUGGGAUUGCCUUAAAGCAGUGUGAGCUUGAGCUUGUACAGAGCUCGCUUUUGGGUGGACUUCUCAGCAACCUGCUCUUGGUUCUCGGCUGCGCGUUCAUUGUUGGCGGGUUCAAGUUCCAGCAGCAGGAGUUCCAGCCUAUGGUGGCGCAACUUAACUCGUCCUUGUUGAUACUAUCGGUCAUUUCUCUUAUCAUUCCGGUUGCCUUCCAUUUGUAUCUGGAAGAUAAGCUGGCUCCCGGUACAGAGGUCGAUGUUCUUUUGAAGCUUAGCCGAGGAAGUGCCAUUUUGUUAUUCCUAAUCUACUUCGCCUACUUGUUCUUCCAGUUCUAUUCCCACAACCACCUCUUCUUGGACACCCACCAAUCAAAGCCGGCCAGACGCAGAACGACUUCCUCGAGUUCUUCUGAGUCAAAUGACAUGCCUACAUUCAGCCGGUCGUCCACCAAGUCUGAAACGUUGCGAAAUGGGCCCACUUCUACCCUCGCUUCUGUGUCUUCGCUUUCCCUUGAGGACCAACAAGACGGGCAUCACGAAGUCCUCAAGCUCAAUAUCCCAUUCUCGCUUGUCUUGUUGGGCGCCGUCACUGCCUUAGCGUACAUCACCGCCGAACACCUCGUUGAUUCGCUCGAGGGUCUCGUCCGCGACCAUCCCAGCAUCUCCAAGGAAUGGAUUACCCUCAUCAUCAUCCCGGUCAUCAGUAACGCGGCGGAACACGCUACAGCCGUCGUGGUUGCGCGCAAGGGCAAGUUUGAUUUGGCGAUGAGUGUGGCUGUUGGUAGCUGUAUCCAGAUUGCGUUGUUGGUUAUUCCGUUGUUGGUACUUGUUGCGUGGGGCAUGGACAAGCCGCUCAUGUUGUUGUUUGACCCCCUCGAGACUAUUUUGUUGUUCUUCUCGGUUCUGGCGGUCAAGUUUAUCAUUGAAGACGGCAAGUCGCAUUGGAUGAGUGGAUUGGCUCUCAUAUCCGUCUACAUCCUCAUUGCGCUUUCGUUCUGGUUCUACCCUGAUCCAGUUCGUCUUAUUCAAGGCCAGCCUCUUAUCUGCAAGUAG